ACAAAAUCUUGACAUCUUCACUUGAAAAAUAUUUCGUCGUUUAAAAUUGUUUAGCCAAACCCAAAUCUGUAACACAUUUACUAACCAAGAAAAAAAGCCCCCCAAAUGAUUAGAUCCUGUCGAGCCCUGAUCUUCAAAUGCGGACUACACCUAAGACGAUGUUCUCUGGCAAAGGCAACCAGUAGUUUGAAAAAAGAUGAUGUCGAAGAAAUGGAAACACCAGCGAAUAGACAGAGGGUUGAGCUGCCACCGAAUCCCGAGGAAAAACUAAGCAAGCGCUAUCUUGAGUUCCGGGAAAAGCUGCGAUCGGAGGCGCCGCUAGAACCACUGCCCGAGUGUGCACCACAUCCGGCACACGAAAAGGAGCCACUAAAACCGUGGCCCAAUAAUACCAAUCCGUAUACCGGGGAAAUCGGUGGACAGGCGGGACCAGAACCCACGCGCUAUGGCGACUGGGAGCGCAAGGGACGAGUCACGGAUUUCUGAGCGGAGUCAUAUCUUCACCUCGACACCUUUUUCUUUGGACAAUUGUGAUUUAUUAACCGUGUUAACAACAGAAGCACUCACAAUUUGUUACACUGUUGUUACAUUUGAAAACUGUGCGUUACAGUAGCCACGGAAUCCAGAUCAAGAUGAGUAAAAUCAAGAUACCCAUACCCAGUGCUGCUUCU